AAGGAAGAUUAUUGAGAUUGUUGCUGCAAGUGAUUUAAUAUUUGUACUUGCCGAAUCCGGUCUUUGUGGUGCAUUUAGUCGGACAACAAACAAACGCAUAUGCCAUUUGAAUAUAAGUCCUGAUGAAGUGAUUAGGAGCUUGUUCUACAACAAAAACAACGACUCCCUUAUCACUGUUUCAGUUUAUGCAUCAGACUGUUUCGCUUCGCUGAAGUGUAGAACAACUCCGAUAGAGUACAUCCGGAGGGGCCAGGUACAUGACGGAGUUCCUUUAUUCGAAUCUGAAUCACUGAAAUAUCCUGGCUUUGUUGAGUUUGAUGAUGUUAAUGGCAAAGUAUUAACCUUUUCAGCACAUGAUAGUACCUACAAAGUUUUUGAUCUGAAGAAUUACAAGUUUCUGCAUUCUAUAUGCGAUAAGAGCAUCCAGGACAUUAAGAUAAGCCCUGGAAUCAUGCUUGUGAUAUACCAGAAGGCAACUAAUCAUGUUCCACUAAUGAUUGUGUGAAUCGAGGAUGGAACACCGCUGAAAACCUUCACUCAAUUACUGCAUCAAAACAGAAAGGUUGACUUCAUUGAGCAGUUCAGCGAAAAACUUCUUGUGAAGCAGGACAAGGAAAACAUACAGAUUAUCGAUGUCAAAAACUCUGAUCUGAUUGAGGUGAACAAAACAGAGUUCAUGACCCCUUCAGCAUUCAUCUUUCUGAACGAAAACAAUCUAUUCCUGACAUUCUGCAAUAGAACGGUUGCUGCUUGGAAUUUCCGUGGAGAGCUAGUUACGUCGUUCGAUGACCAUGAGUUGUGGCAUCCCAAUUGCAACACCAACAGUAUAUACGUCACCGAAGACCAGGACCUGAUAAUCUCAUACUGCACAGUUUCAAGAGGUGUUACAAACGAUGCUGAAGGUGGAUGUGGGGAAGCUCCUCGCCCCAUGGGAUCAAUCAACAUGAGCAACAUCUUCACUGGGAAGUGCAUUGCCAAGAUCUCCGCCCUCGACCCUAAUCUCGUGAUCGCUCCUCGAAGACAAGGCGACAGCAGCAGGUCUGUUGUCCGGAGCACCGUCGCCGGCGCCCUGGAGGACGUCAGCGCGCUUUUCUACGACGAGGACCGCAACGAGGUCUACACGGGGAACAGCCGAGGCCUGGUCCACGUGUGGUCUAACGGAUUAGCUUCCCUGCCUCCCCACACAUACCCCCAAUCUUGUAUGUAGGUACCUCCCGUACCUGGUGUUUCGUGUAAAGUCACGUACCAGCUGUAAUAAUGGCCACCUGGUUCAACGAUAGUGGGGUUGAUUUGUA